AUGCAUACACCUGAGAGCGAAAAUGCCCGACAUAUACUCACCACCAGCGACGCCUGCUCCCGCGAGUGCCCCUUCACCCUCCAGCCGGUGUGCGGGAGUGACGGGAAAACCUACAGCAACGAGUGCGAGUUGGAGGUGGCCGCCUGCAGGGACCCGGAUGUCAGGAUGCUGGCCAUGUGCGCUUGUCUGAUGGAUCCGAAAUGCAACCGUCAGUGCACGGCGGAGUUCGACCCCGUUUGUGGCAGCAACGGAAUCACGUAUCCGAACCACUGCACGUUCGACAUUGCAACUUGCAACAACCCGACGAUUACGAAAGUCCGACACGGGCGUUGUGACAACCAACGGGAGUGCGCGACGACCACCUGCCAGCAGCCGUACGACCCCGUGUGUGGCAGCGACGGCAAGACGUACGAGAACGACUGUGCUCUCGAGGCCAAGAUCUGCGUGAAGCCGGAGCUCUACAAAGUGGCCAAUUGUCAGUGCGCCCCGGAGUGUCCCAAGGCGGAGUGCACACGAGAGUACAAGCCGGUGUGCGGGAGUGACGGAGUGACUUACGUGAACGACUGCCUCUUCGACAACGCCCGCUGCCGGGAUCUGUCGUUGAGGGUCCUGAGGAGUGGAGAGUGCGAUUCGGAUAACUGUGACUUGAAGCAGUGCACGACGGAUUACCAGCCAGUCUGCGGGAGCGACGGUGGCACCUACAGGAACCAGUGCCACUUUGACGUCGCAGCUUGUAAGGAUGCGAUGUUGGUCAAGGCGGGAGACGGAGAAUGCUCGUCUGUAUUGCAGUAAAGCAGCUUGGAUUGUCACUACAAGAAGAACAAAACUGGUAUAUAUAUCAUCUAGUCUAUUUUACAAUUAUUCUAAUUACUGUGUAUGGUGAAAUAAAAUAAAAGUAAA